AUGUUUUUGCUCUUUCUUUCAUCCGCAGACUGUUACGGAUUUAAAAAUUUAACAAUUACAAAUGGAGAAACUGUAAAAAUGGACUUUUCUAAUAAAUCGGCUGUUAUGUCUAUUCCAAAAGUCCGGAGUGGCGAAUUAAUAUUCACCUUCUUCAGCGAAAGAAGAAAUUACACAGCUUCAUCAUACCAAGAACCAUAUUUACAUAUGAAAGAUGAUGUAUUCACAAUAAAAUCAAAUCAUCAAGAUCCAUUAACGUUUUAUUAUUGGGAGUUACCAGAUAAUUUAUGUCCAGCGCAUAAUUUUGUAUUCGAUUUAGAGCAUAAAAUGCAUUUUAAUGCACUAGUUAAUCAAAAAGCAGAAGUUCAAUGUAUUUUCUCACCGUUCGCUGCCAAAUCAGUAAAAAUGCGUAUGGAUUACGGACAAGAUGCGGUUGAACUCUAUAAUGGCUCAAUGAAAAAGCAAUUAGUCAAUGAACAUUCACAUUCUUAUCCUCCAUUCUUCAUCAGAUUGUUACCGCAUGAACUUCCAUAUACAUUCGAAUUCACUGCUAGUUCAAAACAUACUGGAGUUCAUUAUUGCCAUUUUAAUUCGAUCCCAUUAACAUUAAUGCCAAUCGCAGUUCCAGCAACCUUCCAAGGCAUUAUCAAUGAUAUAAAAUGCACAAAUACACAUGAAGAAGUUUUGUUUUAUGCAAAAUUUUCAUUUGGUAGUUCUGUUUUUGUUUUCAUCAUUUCUAUCAUUAUAUUUAUGCACCAUUUCUUCUGGAGAAGAAAUGAAACACCAGAAAAAUCCACGAAUGAUACAGAAUAUUUAAUUAAUGAAGAACCAGCAGAAUAA